GUGCAUGCUUGAGGAGAGAAUUGAAAAAGGAGAUCAACAUAAAGAUCAAAAAGCAGCUAGAACAUCAAAAGCAUCAUUCAUGCAUAAAAGUAUGGAAAGCUCUGGAAAUUCUAGCACUUUAAGAUGUAAGGAUGGUUUAAAAUUGAAUGUAGAAAAAUCAGGUGUCAAGGAAAACCAAACAAAGAAAGUAAAUUCUUCUUCUCUCUUCUCUGCUAAGAAACCUGCAAGCAAUAUAGAAGCUGUAACAGCGACAAAAAGGACUCUUGAAACAAAUGUGAAAUUAUCUGGGGCAUCAAGAACCUUCAGACGAGGUCCACUUCGUGGUGACUCUUCAUUUAAGAACUCGGAGGGGAAUUUGAAAUGCAGAGAAGUGAAAAACUUCCAAGUUCUUGUUAUGGGAUGCAAGCACACUUAUCAACUAAUGCUUCACCUAAAGUUCUUGAAGUAGUUCUCAAGCUUCCUCAAAAAAUUAUAUUGGAGGAAGUACCUCGCUUAAGUGCUUGGCCAACUCAGUUCUCUCAAAAUCAUGCCACAUAAGAUAAUA